AUGGCAAAGUAAAAGCUCAUAAUAUUAUAGAACUAAGUAGCUCAACUCCAUCAAUCUAUUGCCUUCAGUAUUUCUGAUAAAAUUGAAUAUAUGCAUGAUUACAUCAUUGAUAUCACAAACAACUAAGAAUUAAUAAAUCGAAUUGAAGGCGUAGUUGCAUUCCGCUAUUCAUUAAAUAAAUUCCACCUAGAUCACAUUAAUGAUCAAGAGAUCUUGAAGUACUUCAGCAAGAUAAAUAUAAAUGAUCAAAUGAAGAUUGUUGAAAAGAAUAUAAAGAUUAAGAGAGAUAUGUUCUCAGAGAAGAAUGCCAAGAUACUCAUGAAGCUAGUGCAAACAAAGAGACCUAAGAAUCACGAAUAACGAUUGUGUGUAUUUGACGAUUAUGAUAUCUGGCAAGAAGGAAAGCUUAGCCUUGAGAGCUAGUCCUUGUAUACAAUCAAGAGUUUGAAGGAUGAAUCGUAAGAACAAGCAUUUUCCUAUGAGAAAUUUAUGGAAUGCUUCAUGGAUAUAGUUGAUUCUAAUAGCUAUAAAUCUUUUAAGAGAUUUGAUCAGAAGGAAUCAAAUGAGUUUGUCAUUAAUUUUAAAGAGAGAAUCAACUAAACAAGCUUAUCUUAAAGGGACAUGAAGUUGAACUACUAAAACAAUCUGAUAUGCGAACUAGAGCAAUAGCUCACGAUUUAAGAAACAAGAAAUAAAGAUCUGGAAUAGCAGAAUCACUAGCACUAGUAGUAGUUACAAUAACAUUAGACUCUACCGAAUCCCCCUACCUUCAAUGUCCAAAAUGAUAAUCUGGAACCAAUGAACAUCAAGGAAAUAGAGUUCGAGCUACCAAGUAAUCUCUUAAUGUCACCAUAAAACGCAAAUGUGAGAAAUCUGAACUAGGAUCCAAUGAAAACCACCAGUCAAGAUUUCCUAUCACUUACAUCUGAGAAGGAGUGCUUGAAUACCCAAAAAAAGAGAGUGCCUAAGUUAAGUAAGAAACCCAAGAAAAAGAUUCCAUCUGGCCUGAUAAAUAACGCAAAGGCUUGCUGCUAAGAUAAACUCAAGAAGCCCAAAGUUUCGAAGAGGCACAGUCCAAUAUUCUUGAAGAAAAACUCAAUGCAGUCUGGCUUUUCAAAUAUAUCCUCAUCCAGUGACUUACUCAGCUACAGAAGAGUGCUUGUUGUUUAAGAUUCAAGCAAAAAGAGAAAGUCAGAUAAAGAAGUCCAAUCAAAUGAGAAAAUCAAGCAGUAAUCACUUGAAAUCACAAAACUUUCAUAAAAGGUACUAGAGAUUGAGUCUAAGAUGCUUAAUAUUAACAACUAGCAAUAACAGUAACCUCCGAAGACGAUCAUUAUCAGAGAACCAUAAGUGACUGUGCAUCAAGCUACACCAAACAUAGAACUAAAACCAAGCAUUGUAAUCCCACAACAGCCGAAUCCAACCUAGGCAAUGAACUAAGAGUACUUCAAUUUAACUUAAAUGAGGCAGUAGUAGUAUAAGGAUGAAAUAUAGACAUUAUACAACAUUAAUAGAAACCUGCUACUUUCUUAAAGAAAAUAUGAUUACUCGGUCUAGCCAUCUCACAGUCUUAAUCAGGGAGGAGGAUUAAGACUAGGAUCAAGCGCGGAAAGGUAUGAAAUAAGCAGUCAUCACCAGAAGUGUACAUCCAAGUUUUGCUUGAUCUGUAAAUAGUGA